AUGUCGAUCGACAAGACUUGGAUUAAUAAUUCAAAUAAAUUUUCUAAUGAGUAUGUUGUUGGAGCGUUUGCAUUUGUUGAGAGAGCUCAACAAUUUGUGGAUACAAGGGGACUAGGGAAGUGUCCUUGUAACAAGUGUCUUAAUAUCAAAUUGCAAACGAUUGGUGUGCUAGAAAGUCAUCUUUUUUAUAAUGGUUUUCUACGAAGUUAUACAAAUUGGUACUGGCAUGGAGAGGAGGAAAUAAUAUCGACCAAUAGAGUGGUCCACCAACGUCACGAGGACGAGAUGAUGGAUGUUCUUAAUGAUAUAGCACAACCUAACAAUUGUGAAGAUGAUGAGAAUGAGGUUGAUGAUGAGAUACCACCAGCAUCAGAAUGCAGAGAUGCAUUCCCAUCUCCAAAUAAGAUACCAAAGUCACAUUAUGCGGCGAAGAGGUUGAUGAGGAAAUUGGGUUUGGGUUACGAGUCAAUCCAUGUUUGUAAGCAUGAUUGUGCAUUGUUUUGGAAGGAAAAUGCAGGAAAACACAAGUGUCCAAUUUGUGGGGAGGAUCGUUGGGUGGAUAAAAAUACCAAGGGGAAGAAAGUGCCCCAAAAAGUUAUGUGUUAUUUUCCAUUGACCCCUCAGUUGAUGCAAAAAUACGCGUCAAGGCACAUUUCUCAACAUAUGAGAUGGCAUCAUGAAGGGCGUGUUAAAGAAGAUGGUAUCAUGCGUCAUCCUGCAGAUGGGAAAGCAUGGAAGGAUUUUGACCGUAGCAAUCCAGCAUUUGCAAUGGAACCUAGGAAUGUGCGCCUUGGAUUGGCUGCUGAUGGAUUCAAUCCUUUUGGAAAUAUGAGUUUGUCUUAUAGCAUGUGGCUUGUUGUGUUAACGACUUACAACUUGCAACCGUGGUUAUGCAUGAAAGAGACUAACUUUAUGUUGACUUUAUUAAUUCCUGGUCCACAUUCACCUGGAAAAGAUUUUGAUGUUUUUUUAAGGCCAUUGGUUGAUGAGUUGAAGGAAUUAUGGGUGAACGGUGUUCGGACUCGGGAUGUUGUUGAUGGUAGUUUUUUUAAGCUUCGAGCAGCUUUAUUGUGGAGUAUAAAUGAUUUUCCAGCGAGGAGUAGUCUUUCUGGAUGGAGUGGUCAAGGUUACACUGCUUGUCCUACUUGCAAUGUAUCAACACCAUCCGUUCGUUUGCAAAAUAAAGUUUCAUUUUACGGUCACAGACAUUUUUUACCAAUGGGACACCAAAUUAGAAAAAAGAAGAAGUUAUAUGGUUCAGUUGAGAAAAGACCACCUCCAGAGGAAUUUAGCACUGAAACUAUUUUCACACAAAUGAAUUUUAUGCCUGAAUCUCUUCCUGGUAAGCAUGUUAGCUACGGUGGACAAAAAAGGAAACGCACAAAAGAGCAAGUUGGUUGGCAUAAAAAAAAGCAUUUUCUUUGA